AUGCAAGAUAGUACUUCUGUGUAUCUUCCAUCAAAGUUGCCGUAUCCCCUAAAGGUUGGGAAGAUAAUGGCAAAGGAAGGUGAAGAUAUUGAUAAGCGCACUAAAAUUUUUACAUAUCGCUAUUCUGACUAUGAACCCGUUCCACUAAGUAAGCAAGAUCAGGAUGAUGAUAAUGAUGAAGGUAACAAUAGGAAAAAGGUUAAAGUUGAGUAUGUUGGAACUUAUGAAUGCCCGUUGGCAGGAACAAUCAAGCAAAUCAAUGUGAAACCGGAUGACAUUAUAGAAGACAGUUCAAAAAGCAUUAUUGAAAUAGUAGAGCCUUGUACUCAUCCAAUUCAGUAUGGUGGGUUAUGUGCACUUUGUGGCAAAGCUGUGGAUGAAGACGACUACACGGGCUUCAAAGAUAAAGACAGAGCGCCUAUUUCUAUGGCCCAUGGAACUACAAACUUGAAAGUUUCUGCCAAAGAGGCUGUUAACAUUGAAAAAGGAUCAACCGAACGCUUGAUUAAGGAUAAAAAACUAUCGCUGGUUGUUGAUCUAGAUCAGACGGUUAUACAUGCAACUGUUGAUCCAACUGUUGGUGAAUGGAUGAACGAUCCAACCAAUCCAAAUUAUGAGGCCCUUAAGGAGGUUAAAUCAUUUUCUUUGGAAGAGCCGGCCAUAGUUCCGCCGGGAUACAACGGGCCACCAUUACCACCAAAUAUUCGAUGGUAUUAUAUAAAGCUCCGGCCUGGAUUGCAUGAAUUUCUAGAAAAGGUAUCGAAAUUAUACGAAAUGCAUAUCUACACGAUGGCAACAAGAUCCUACGCGAAGGAAAUCAGCAAGAUUAUUGAUCCAGACGGUAUAUAUUUUGGUGAUCGGAUUCUCUCCAGGGACGAAAGUGGUUCUUUAACACAAAAAUCACUAAAGCGUCUUUUCCCUGUUGAUACUUCCAUGGUUGUUGUCAUCGAUGAUCGUGGUGAUGUUUGGAACUGGUCUCCCAAUUUAAUUAAAGUUGUGCCGUACGACUUUUUCGUUGGUAUUGGAGAUAUUAAUUCCAGUUUUUUACCUCGCCAGCAAGCUUUAUUGGGGCCCUCAAAAAGACGAAAGUCAGUGGAUAUUCUUGAAGAAAAGAUGCAUGGAGAUGAUUCAGAUGAUGGUGAAGAAGAUGAUGAUAAAAAGCCCGACCCAAAAAAGCUUAUGGCUGAGGCCAAGGCCUCUUCAACAACUGAAUCUGCCAUUGAUGACGAAGAUGAUGUUGAUACAAACAGCAUGAGUGAAGGUGAUAUCAAGAAUGGUUACACAAAUAAUUCCGUAGGAUCAAAUAAUACCGGACAUUCUACAAAUUCCGCGAACGACAAAUCAUUUAAUCCCGAUUUCAUUGAUGCUGAUAUUAUGGUAGAGGAUGAAAGCACACAAAAGAUAGAAAACCCGAACAAGAGUACAGAACAGAAUACUCAAAAGAGUCUAUCACUAAACACCGCAAAGGCAACUAAAAUAACUUCUGAAGUUGAUAGUAAAACGCACGGCUCGCAGGAGCACUCCAAUCAUGUAAACGUGUCUGUGAAAAAUAGUAGUUCUUCUCCUGUGGAAAGAAUGGUGGAAUUAGGUGAAGGUGAAGAUAAUGGUGAACUCCUGGCAAUGCAAGCGAAUGAACGAUCGACCGCAUUGGAGCAGCAACAACAAGAAAGACCUUUAGCCAAACUGCAGCAGAAUUUGGAGAAAAUUCUCCAAGAAGAGGAGACAAAGGACUCAUCCGAGAGUUCCAGUGUUCCUAGUGUCGCAACAACUGACGAAAGAGAAUCGCAUAAUUUACUUUGUGAUGACGAUACAGAGUUGCAAACGUUGGGUAAAGCAUUGACGAAGAUUCAUGAUAAAUUUUAUUUGGAAAAGGAGAGGGAUGUGGCUUCUGCUGAAGUUCCAGACGUCAAAGAUAUUAUGAACACUAUGAAGUCUGUAGUCUUUCAAGGAUGUGUGUUUUUGUUAAGCGGAAUUUUACCGUUGGGUACACCUUUGGAUUCAGCCGAUAUUGUGAUAUGGGCAAGAUCGUAUGGUGCCCAAUUUGUUUCCGAGUACAGUACUUCUGUUACCCACGUUAUAUGCAAGAAUCCCACCACAUUUAAGGUUAGGUUGGCAAAAUCGGUUGACCCAAAUGUACAGAUUGUGAAUCCUGACUGGUUGUUUAAAUGUAUGUCAAUGUGGAGACGUGUUCCAGAGGAAGAUUAUACUGUUCAAGUAACAAGUUUAAUGGGUAAAGAGCAAGUUGAUAACUUUCUGAAAUAUCACAAUCAUAUUGAUAAUAAUCCAGACGGAACAUUUGACACCUCAAAUCUGGACUGGGAUGAGAUUGAUGAGGAGAUGAGGGAGUUUAUGGGUCCUGAAUAUGAUGAGUUAGAAAGUGACAGUGAUACAAAAGAAGAGCAUGAAAAUAGUGAUGUUAAUAAUGAAUCAAACGGUAUUGUAGGAUCGGAGGAGAAAAAAGAUGCAAAGGCUACAGAUGAUGGAAGUAAAGAUUCGCCAUCCUUAAAAAGUGAUCUUUCAGAUAUGUCUGAGGAUGAAUACGAAAAGCAGGUUCUCGGGGAUCUCGCAGACUUAGAAGAAGAAGGGGAAGAAGGUUCAAUAAACACAGAUAGUUCAAAUGAUGCUUCUUCGGUCAAAUCGUCUAGUCAGGCUUCUUCAGAGACUGGAGAAACGGCCGACGUUUACCAAAAAGUUAAUGUUUGA